ACCAAUCAAAUAACUACAUUUAAAUAUAACAAUAGUUGCUUUUUCAUUAGACUGGAAAUGUUUGAAAAACGAAAAUGUGGUACUGGUGGCGGAAAUGAACAAACCAUGGAUUAUAAUCUGAAAGGAGGAAGAAUGAUAUCAGAUCCUUUACAAGGAGAAGAAAUUGUUAUAUCAGGUUUAUCCGGCGCUUUUCCAAAUUCGAUGAACGUCAACGAAUUUAAAGAAAACUUAUUUAAUAAGGUAAAUAUGGUAACGCCAAAUCGAAGAUGGGACUAUGACCACCCCGAAAUGCCAACACGUUCUGGGACUAUUCCUGAAAUCGACAAAUACGAUUCUGGAUAUUUUGGUGUACAUGAGAGACAAUCUCAUUCUCUGGAUACGAUGACUAGUCUUCUUCAAGAAAGAACGAUCGAGGCUAUCUUUGAUGCAGGAAUGCACCCUUCAGAUCUCGAAGGCACCAACACUGGUGUUUUCGUUGGGUCAUGCUUCAGUGAGAACGACAAGGUGUGGUACUGGGAUAAUAUGGCGAGUCAAACUUACGCAGUGACGGGAUCGGAGCGAUCCAUGAUGGCACAUCGGCUCAGUUACUUUUUAAAACUGAAAGGGCCGUCAUAUAGAUUAGACUCUGCUUGCAGCAGUUCUUUGUACGCUCUGGAGCACGCAUAUAGGGCUAUUCGGCUUGGAGAAGUCGACGCUGCAAUUGUGGCCGGUACACAACUUUGUUUACAUCCUUUCGUGACAAUGCAGUUUUCAAGGUUGGGAGUUUUAAGUCACGACGGCGUAUGCAAAUGUUUCGACGCUCGAGGUGAUGGCUAUGCGAGAUCAGAAGCGGUCAUUUCUGUAGUCCUACAAAAAUCUAAAUCUGCUAAAAGGGCCUACGGGCAACUGGUCCACAUCGGAACAAACUCCGAUGGAUACAAAGAGCAAGGCAUAACAUUUCCAUCGGCUCCCGCUCAAAUAGAUCUACUGACCGAAUUUUAUAAUCAAUGCGACGUAGACAAGUGCAGUUUGAGCUAUCUAGAGNUUUUAUAA